ACCUCUCAUCGUAUUCGGCAGUCAUUCUUCCUCAUAUAAGUCACACGAACCAAUUGUAUCACAUAGCUUACAAAAUUAGUUUAAUAAGUUUUAUAAAAGCCACCGAAUAGCAAUGCUGCGUGGAACGAAGAGAUAUAAUGGGCUAACGAGGACCAUGAUGCGUUGCAUCCACGUGGCAGGAUAUCCGCGCUACGGAAAAGUGCCAAUGUCAAAGUUUGACCCUGAAUCCUUUAUGCCCUUUGAGAAAAUGAAGGAAAACAUCGAAUGCGUUAAAGGCCGUCUCAAACGGCCAUUGACGCUGUCGGAAAAGAUAUUAUAUUCACACCUGGACGAUCCAGCCGAUCAGGAAAUAGAAAGGGGGAAAUCAUAUUUGCGACUGCGUCCGGAUCGUGUGGCGCUACAGGACGCCACUGCCCAGAUGACUUUGCUGCAAUUUAUUUCGUCUGGUUUGAAAAAAGUGGCCGUUCCCUCGACAGCGCAUUGCGACCAUUUAAUAGAAGCCCAAAUAUCUGGGGAAAAGGAUCUGGCUAGAGCCAAGGAUAUCAAUAAGGAAGUGUAUGACUUUUUGGCAUCCGCUUGUGCCAAGUAUGGGCUUGGUUUCUGGAAGCCAGGCAGCGGAAUUAUCCAUCAGAUUGUUUUGGAGAAUUAUGCUUUUCCGGGUCUACUGUUAAUUGGCACUGAUUCCCAUACACCCAAUGGUGGCGGUUUGGGAGGUCUGUGCAUCGGAGUAGGUGGUGCAGAUGCCGUGGAUGUAAUGGCCAAUAUUCCUUGGGAGCUCAAGUGUCCCACCGUGAUUGGUGUGAAUCUGACUGGCAAAAUAAGUGGGUGGACUUCUCCGAAGGAUGUGAUUCUUAAGAUGGCCGAAAUUCUCACUGUAAAGGGUGGAACUGGAGCUAUUGUGGAGUACUACGGCCCUGGUGUCGAGUCCAUUUCCUGCACCGGCAUGGCCACUAUUACCAAUAUGGGUGCCGAGAUUGGAGCCACCACCUCUGUGUUUCCAUUUAAUGAUCGAAUGGUCUCGUAUUUAUGUGCCACUGGUCGCGGGGAUAUAGCCAAUUUGGCAAUGAAAUACAAGGACGUUCUUCUAACGCCAGACAAGGACUGCAAGUAUGAUAAGGAUAUAAAUAUAGAUCUGGACAAGUUGGAACCCCUUGUCAAUGGACCGUUCACUCCAGAUCUAGCGCAUCCCAUCAGCAAGCUUGGCGAGAACUCCAAAAAGAAUGGCUAUCCCAUGGAUAUUAAAGUAGGCUUAAUUGGUUCCUGUACGAACUCAUCAUACGAGGACAUGGGUCGGUGUGCCAGCAUUGCCAAUGAUGCCAUAGCUCACGGUUUGAAGGCGUGCAUACCUUUUAACGUCACCCCAGGAUCGGAGCAAAUCCGCGCAACAAUUGCAAGGGACGGAAUCAUGGAUAUAUUAUCAAAGUUUGGCGGCACUGUGCUGGCCAAUGCCUGCGGACCGUGCAUCGGCCAGUGGGACCGAAAAGAUGUUAAGAAGGGGGAAAAGAACACAAUUGUCACAUCGUACAAUCGUAAUUUUACUGGACGCAAUGAUGCCAAUCCUGCCACUCACUGCUUUGUGACAAGUCCGGAAAUGGUGACGGCCCUAUCAAUAGCCGGACGUCUGGACUUUAAUCCUAUGCAACACGAACUGAUAGGAAAAGAUGGAAAGGGUUUCAAGCUUAAGGAGCCGAAGGGGGAGGAACUCCCAGCAAAAGGUUUUGAUCCGGGAGAGGACACUUAUCAAGCACCCCCCAAGAGCGGCGAUGACAUUAAGGUAAAUGUGGAUCCGAAGUCGGAUCGACUCCAGAUAUUGGAACCUUUCGAAAAAUGGGACGGCAAGGACUAUAUAGAUAUGCUGGUGUUGAUCAAAAUCAAGGGAAAGUGCACCACCGAUCACAUUAGUGCCGCUGGUCCGUGGCUCAAAUAUAGAGGUCACUUAGAUAAUAUAUCGAAUAAUAUGUUCAUCGGAGCCACCAAUGCCGAGAACAAUGAAAUGAACAAGGUGAAAAAUCAGAAGUCUGGAAAUUUUGAUGCUGUCCCAGCGGUGGCUCGCGACUAUAAGGCCAAUAAGAUCAAGUGGUGUGCCGUGGGAGAGGAUAACUACGGGGAAGGAUCUUCCCGGGAGCACGCUGCGCUUGAACCUCGUCACUUGGGCGGAGUGGCCAUCAUUGUCAAAUCAUUUGCCCGAAUUCACGAAACCAAUCUGAAAAAACAAGGCGUGCUACCUCUUACUUUUGCCAACCCUGGGGACUAUGACAAAAUUCAACCAUCCAGCAAAAUUUCUUUGCUAAACCUGAAGGACUUGGCCCCUGGAAAACCCGUAGACUGUGAGAUCAAGAAUGGUGGAUCGAGUAAAAUCCAAUUGAACCACACGCUCAAUGACCUGCAAAUCCAAUGGUUCAAGGCUGGCAGUGCUCUGAAUCUCAUGAAGGAGCUGGCCGGCGGAAAAGGUGGCGAUGCCAAGAAGGGUGACGAUACUAAGAAGGGUGGUGGUGAAAAGAAGAAGUAGUAGAAGAGAAGAUACUUUUUUUUACCUAUUAACAAGGUUCCUUACCGGAUUUCUAUUUACGAAAUUUCUAGUUUUUCUCAUUUUUGAAGUUUUUUUGGACUGAAUAUUCCAAAGUCCACAGCGUAAAGAACGUAAAUUGGACAGUCCACAGCGUAAAGAAGCUGAAACCACCUUGCUCUAUCAAAAUCUUCAAGAGUCUAAAGUCAAGAAGUACAUGAGAGCUAUUUAUGGAGCUAUUUGUUGGUGUUAGAAAUCUGUGAAGGGUGUAAAUUUAUUGCUAUAAUUCGUUUAGGCAGGCUCUUCUUUUUCACCUCCUUUGGAAAAAAUAAACUACCAGAAACUAC